GAGUGAAACGUAGUCUGUCUUUCUGUUCUUACCUACUAAUUCUCUUCUUUCCACCUUUCUGUUUUGUGAUGGCUGACACCACUCUAUCUUCGUACGAAAAAUCAUUUGGAAUCAUGCAGAUUCGCGCUUAUAUUUUUGUCACUCUUGACUUAAAUAAGUUGAACUACGAUGUGUGGCGUGAGCUUUUUGAGACUCUUUGCCUAAGUUUUGGUGUCCUUGGUCACAUCGAUGGAUCUUCAACACCGACUCCAAUGACCGAGAAAAGAUGGAAGGAACGUGAUGGACUUGUGAAGAUGUGGAUAUAUGGCACCAUCACUGAUUCACUUCUUGACACCAUCAUCAAAGUAGGGUGCACAGCUCGAGACUUAUGGCUCUCCCUAGAAAAUCUCUUCCGUGAUAAUAAGGAGGCUCGUGCACUUCAGUUUGAAAAUGAAUUGCGUACUACGACGAUCGACGAUCUCUCGGUACAUGAGUACUGUCAAAAAUUGAAGUCGCUUUCAGACCUUUUGACAAAUGUCGACUCUCCCAUCUCAGAUCGCGUUCUUGUUAUGCAUCUACUCAACGGUCUCACGGAGAAAUAUGAUUACAUACUCAACGUAAUCAAACACAAGUCUCCAUUUCCCUCAUUCACUGAAGCUCGCUCAAUGUUGCUUAUGGAAGAGAGUCGCCUCUCCAACAAAAGCAAGUCUUCCUUGAGCCACACAAAUCACCCCUCACUAUCGAAUGUCUUAUUUACCGUCCCCCGCCAGCAAGAACGCUAUCCGCAAGAGUAUCACAACAACAAUAGUAAUAUGGGACGCGGUCGUAGCAAGAAAAAAAAUCGCGGAGGUGGUAGUAGUGACGGUCGAUAUAACAAUAAUAAUAAUUGGCGACUCAACCAGCCCCCAACUUGGAUUUACGGUCCUCCUCAAUCGCCUUAUAUGUAUCCUCACGGUGGACCACAGUUUUUCCAUAAGAAAACGUACUUCCCGCAACAACCACCAGUUUACAUGUCAGUCACAUCACACAAGCCGUCACCAACCAGUAUACUUGAGCCAUACAAUCCGUACUUACAUGGUGAUGCUCGUGUGAAUUAUAUCUCGACAUCCAUGGCAGAUCAGUCGACGUUCAUGCCAUCUCAUUUUCCUCAAACAUACAGUUCCAUGUCUCUCUCAGAUCCUCCCGAAGAGAUGUGGUAAAUUGGUACCAUAGCCACAAAUCACGUUAUGUCAUAACUAGGUACCCUACAAUUUGUUUUCUAUUCGAACACUACUUUUUAAUUACUUGCUUGUAAUGGAUCAUCUACUCAUACUACUCAUUUCAGUCAUGGUAUUCUUCCCCCUCUUUUAAAUAACCUUUUUUUUUUUUCGGUCAUUUUUUUUUUUUUUUGGUUUUCCGAUUUGUAAGUAACAAU